AUGACCCCUUUAGACAUCUAUGUAGAAUCUAAGGACGGCAAAAACCUCAACUUCAUGACUUUUACCAGUCACAGGCCACCAGCCAAAUCAACAUGGGAAACAGCAGAAGGAUGUCCUGACCUAGCAUGGACGACAUUCGAGCUGGCAGUAGUGUUACAGUGGAAUGACUUUCAGGUGUCUGUUGAUGACAAUUUGGUGUUCACUCUGAAGAUCCCCGAACUGAAAACCAGUGAACGCUGUCACAGUGGCAGGAGACGUUUAAGUCGAGAAAAUUUACAUAGACUGAUACAUUUGAAGAUACCACGCUCAUAA